AUGUCAGAUGCAGAUCACGAAGGCAACAUGACGUUUCUAUAUGCAUAUGUGGUAGCCAUCAACGAAAAUGUUCGGAUUCUCCAUCACUUCUCGAUGCAAAUAACUGCAAAAUUUCACCCUCCUCCUUCGCACCACCGAUCAUAUAUCCAUCAUCUUCUGCUUCUACUGGAUUUUACCGGACCACGUCUACUUCCCACAACUUCAGUACACCAGCAAAACACACGACAAUGA